UAUGUUCCAGUCCCAGGUACCUCAGCAGUACAUGUCACAUCAUGUCGGACGCGAAACCGAGCACAGAAGCCAUCCCCAAGUGGCAGAUCGCCCUCGCCGUGGGGGGAACCCUGGCGCUGGGCGCCGCGGGGGUCUGGUACUUCACCCGCAAGACGUCCAAGAACGACGAGAGGAAGGAGCCGGACGGCGGGCCCGCUCCAGAGGAGCAGGCGGACGAGCCCAUCCCGGAGCCCGAGGUGGAGUUGAGCCCACUAGAGAAGGCACAAGGAGCUAAGAACAAGGGCAACAAGUACUUCAAGGGUGGCAAGUUUGAGGAGGCCAUCAAAUGUUACAGCGAGGCUCUGGAAGUCUGCCCUGACACCAACAAGAAAGAGAUGUCCACGUUUUAUCAGAACAGAGCCGCUGCAUAUGAACAGUUGAAAUCCUUCAAGGAAGUUGUAGAUGAUUGUACCAAGGCGUUGGAACUGGACAACAAAUACAUCAAGGCUCUGUUCCGCAGGGCCAAGGCUUACGAGAGGAUAGAUGAGAAAAAGCAGUGUCUGGAAGACGUGACUGCAGUCUGCAUCCUGGAGGGUUUCCAGAACCAGCAGAGCAUGAUGAUGGCUGACCGGAUCCUCAAGGACAUGGGCUGGGAAAAGGCCAAGGAGAAGUACAAGAACCGUGAGCCUGUCCUGCCAUCCACCCACUUCAUCAAGGCGUACUUCAGUUCCUUUACUGAAGACAUCAUCUCCCAGCCGCUGGAGAAGGUGGUUAAUGAUGAGGAUAAGGACCAAGAGGGGGAGGCAGAGCAGGAGGCACCCCCCAGUGAUUACCUGAAGGCUAAAAGGUACUUCCAUGAAGAGAACUACGACAAGAUCAUAGGAGAGUGCAGUAAGGAGAUCGACAGCCAGGGGGAGCACCUGGCACAUGCUCUGCUGAUGAGAGCCACAUUCCAUAUGUUGAUGGGUCAAGCUCCCCUGGCCAGGCCAGACCUGGACACAGUCAUCAACAUGGACACAGCUGACAAGAAGCUGCGGUGUAAUGCCCUGAUCAAGCGAGGCAGCAUGUUGAUGCAGAGACAGCAGUCAGAGGAGGCGCUGCAGGACUUCCAAACAGCAGUGGACCUGGACCAGGAGAACUCAGAUGUCUACCAUCAUAGGGGCCAGUUGAACUUGCUGUUAGACCGGGUCCCAGAAGCCCUGCGGGACUUUGAGAAGUGCUGUAGCCUGAAGCCAGACUUUGCCCUGGCCACGGUGCAGUACAACUACACCCAGUACCGGGCGGCCAUGCUGCAGCGCUCGGCCAUGCAGGUCCAGGACGCCAUGAAGCAGUUUGAGGAGUCCAUCUCCAAGUUCCCUGACUGUGCAGAGGGAUAUGUUCUAUAUGCUCAGGCUCUUGGUGACCAACAAAUGUUUGACAAGGCAGACGACAACUAUAAGAAGGCUAUAAGUUUAGAACCACAGAAUGCCACCACUUAUGUACACAGAGGGCUGCUCCACCUACAGUGGAAGCAGGACAUAGAUGCAGGGCUGUCCCUGAUACAGAAGGCCCUGGAUAUUGAUGACAGGUGUGAUUUUGCAUACGAAACUAUGGGGACCAUUGAAGUUCAAAGGGGCAACUUGGAGAAGGCCAUUGAGCUGUUCAACAAGGCCAUCAGCAUAGCCAAAACAGAGAUGGAGAUCGCACAUCUGUACUCCCUGUGUGACGCAGCCGUGGCGCAGGCUGAGGUGGCCAAGAAGUACGGCCUGCGACCCCAGGCUAUGAUGUAACUUAAGCAAUGUUCUGUGAGGGAAGAAAAAAGAAAAAAAGCACAGGCUGAGAUAUAUAAGAAAAACUACUAUAUAUUAUGGUUGAACCUGGAAUAAAUUGUGUAUUUGAGGGAACUAUUACAAGUGAAAUAUUGACUUCUUCUCAGAGCUGAUUGGAAGAUGUAAGCUUCGUCAACAUCAAAGGAUAUUUUGUUUGGAACAUACCAGAAACAGGGCAUUGAUGCUUUUUCAGACAGUGAACAGGCACUGGAUAAUAUAAUUUUUACAUAUUAUGUAUCGUACUGAAUUUGUUUUGUUUGAGUUUUCACUUGAGUUUAUUGUUCUAGCCAGCAUCCGUCUUUUUGCCAUUUGAUGGAAUUUUGCUGCUCUUGACGGACAAAAAUUUGCUCAAUAAGGACAGAAAACGACAAAUGUAAAGACCUUGUAAGAGAUGUCAUUAAAGUAAGCUUAGUCUACCAGCAAAAUUUGCCCUGCAAAAUAUAUUAAUGUAGGAAAUAGAAUUUCAGAUGGUCAAGAUUUCAAAAUUUUCUGUUUGGAGCAUGCCCCCAGACCCCCUUAAAGAUUGUCAACAUGUUGUUAUAUCAAACAAAACUCAGAAAAAAACUCAGGCUGGCUAGAACACAGCUUGAGUUGUUCAGUUUAUCAUUUGGAACACUAAAAUGCUCGUUGCCCUUGGUCAAGUGACAGAAAAAAACAAGUCAGCUGCUGCUGAGGAUACAAUGCAGUACCUCGUCAUGUCACAAGGGGUCCUUCUUCUACCACAGUGCUGCUGUCUACAUGUGUCUAUUGUGCAACUGUGUAAUGCCCGUCAAAACUGGGUCUACUAGUAAGAGCAAAGUGAUCUGAAGGAUAUUUUAUAUACAAAGAGGAAAUAAUGGUUUGAACAUUACAGCCCUGUUACGCAUAUCAGAAUUCCUUGAGUUGCGCAUGGACAUGUCUUUUGUAUGCAGUUGUACGCAUAUGUGCAUCUCAUUUGUUAUGUAUAAUUUUUUAUGUACGCAGGCAUGCGAACAUUAUGGCCCAAUACGCCUGCAAGAUACAAGGCUUCAAAAUUUGUCAAUGUCUUGACUUAUGUAAGAUCAUAACCAAGUCAUGAUCAAAGUAGUCGAAAAAUGUCUGUAUUUUUAAGCGUACGGCUGUGUAC